UGUCAUGUAGUUCUCAGAAACAUGCAGAUAUAAUAUAUUAACGAUUGCUUCUACCGACUACCUUUAGAUUUUCUUUAUCAGGUAGACACCGUGCUUGUCAUCAGAAUGUAUCGAUCUGGUGGUGUACAGGUGAACUGUUUUGUCAAUUUUGAAACCAAUAAACAACUUUAGGCACCGACCGCUCCGUGAGCUAUCAUUUUGUGGUUCGUUCCUUAAGAGGAGACAUUGCCAUUCCCAAAGAAGCAUAUGUAAGUUUAAUGAUUUUCGUUUAAAAAUCCACAAACAUAUUGUCAUGCAAUUCUAAUAACGUGAUUUAAUCUGCUUAUAAUUGGUGACAGUAUCUUGUAAGAUAGUAUAAUCUAUCACAGUGUAAUGUAGGGUAGUAUAAUCUAUGAAAAUAUAAUCUAUGAAAAUAUAAUCUAUGACAGUAUAACAUAUGAUAGUAUAGUUUAUGACAUUAUAAUCUAUGACAGUAUAAUCUAUGACAGUAUAAUCUAUGACAGUAUAAUCUAUGACAGUAUAAUGAUCUCUAACAGUGAAGUGUUCGUCGAAAUGAAUACAGUCCUUCACAGAGUGAACUUUAUUAGCUGCUUUAGAGAGAUGACAGAAGAGCUGUACCUAAUUGAGCAAUGUGCUGGUCUUACUGUGAAUUUUUGCACAAUGUGUGGCUGCCAAAUUGACAGUGACAAUGACAGUGAUAGUGUUCACAAAUCAUAACAGAGACUUUACAGAACCUGAACUGUACACACUAGUAACAUUUGAAACAUUCUGGAAUUCGUAACUAUCUAAGAAAUGUGUACACUGAACUCAGGGGUUCUUAACCAGGGAUUGCCGUACCGAUUGGGGUGUGGUAGGCAAUGCAAGGUAGGCACAUACAUUUUUGAAGCAAAAACACACCCAAAAUAAGGGGGGGGGGAUGGAUCUGGGAAAAAAGCAACCCUAAAAUGUUUUCUAAAAUGAGAGCUGAUUAUAAUUUUCAUUACUUAAAAGCUUAAGUAGAUCUAUGGGCUGUGGUGUAGGAAGAGGGGGCUGAGGGGGGUUGUUCGCCCCGGAAGGCACCUGGCAAUACCCCUAGCAACGCCCCUGCUUACAGGCGUUUGAUCGUCUUAAUUUCGAAUCUUGGGGCAUCCGUCCGUAGCAAUGUGAAAAUGGUAUAGACUUGUCACAAUGUGAUGAUGGUAUAGACUUGUCACAUUGUGAAAAUGGUAUAGACUUGUCACAAUGUGAAGAUGGUAGAGACUUGUCACAAUGUGAAAAUGGUAUAGACUUGUCACAAUGUGAAAAUGGUAUAGACUUGUCACAAUGUGAAAAUGGUAUAGACUUGUCACAAUGUGAUGAUGGUAUAGACUUGUCACAAUGUGAUGAUGGUAUAGACUUGUCACAAUGUGAUGAUGGUAUAGACUUGUCACAAUGUGAUGAUGGUAUAGACUUGUCACAAUGUGAUGAUGGUAUAGACUUGUCACAAUGUGAUGAUGGUGUAGAUUUCGCGGGACGAAAUCACAAGGCCUGGGAUUUUUAUUUUAUUUUAGGAGUAUAAGCUGAUUCCAUCUACUGCAAAUCACACCUCUCUAUCCACCUCAUGGCUGGAUGAUACAGCUUGGCGCCAUUAGCGUCGCAGGAGUUGUCAGAAUUUGCAUUGUGUCCAUGUCAUACCGCCUACGGGACUCCAGUCUCCGAGUUUGAAUUCAGAGCUUUCCUUCUCGAUCAGGGGUGCGGGUGGUGUUUUUGCUUGUCUGUCCCUUUGAUGGGGAUUGGGCUCCACCACACAUUGGGCUCCACCACACAUUGGGCUCCACCACACAAUGGGCUCCACCACACAAUGGGCUCCACCACACAAUGGGCUCCACCACACAAUGGGCUCCACCACUCAAUGGGCUCCACCACACAAUGGGCUCCACCACACAAUGGGCUCCACCACACAUUGGGCUCCACCACACAAUGGGCUCCACCACACAAUGGGCUCCACCACACAAUGGGCUCCACCACACAAGAUUGUUAAUAAACUCAGUUUACACAACUCUGUCACCCAGUACACAUACAAAAAUAGUUUAAACAAAUUACAUGAAAAGAUAAUUAUGAGUUGUUGUUUUUUUAAAUUCUACUACCAAAUAUGACCGAUUGAAUUUCUCAUUAUGACAUCUAUAUAUUUCCAUUUAUUUGGAUCAAUAAAAGAAUCUUAUCUUAUCUUAUCUUAUCUUAUAAAAGCACGUCCAUCUGUGUUUCAGUGAACCAGCUCCGCUCCCAAGAUGCCCAGACAUUCUAUGAGUAAAUGGGAGGCCGCGUUCAAGGCCGCUGACAGGGACAGAAAUGGCACACUGGACAGGAAGGAACUGAGAGCUUUAUUUAAACAACACAACUGUAACCUGACGGAAUCACAGCUCAAUGUAAGUGUGGAUGAGCUCAUUGGAUGCGAGCUAAAAUUAUAUGAGCUACAUUUAUGUAAGCUAAAUGUAUGUGAGCUAAAUGUAUGUGUCAGCUAAAUGUAUGUUUCAGCUAAAUGUAUGUGAGCUAAAUGAAUGUGUCAGCUAAAUGUAUGUGUCAGCUAAAUGUAUGUCCGCUAAAAAAAAUUUCCAGUCCCCUAAAAAAACACAACAGAAGCAUUUUUUUUCUUUCCUAAAAAGUUAGCAUACUUUAAAAUCUGACCACUGCCCCGGCAAUCAAAAGCUGCGCCCUUGGUGGGGGUGCUGAAUUUAGGCUCCCGUUCCCCCAAAAAGUAUAUGAAUAUCAAUGCACAUAAUUAGCACGAAAAAUGACGAUCUUGACGCCCUAUAAAUAUGGCGACUGACACCCUCUGCUUAUGAAAUGGCAGAGGCGUGGCGAGGGAGUUUGGCGCCCGGGGACAAGAUCCAUGUUAAAGCGCCCCCUUUUCUUUUUUUCAACUCUCAAACCCAUUAUUUUCAUCAACAAAAUAGUAUCAAAGCACAUUUUGGCGCCCCUCACUAGCUGGCGCCCAGGGACUUAUGUCCCCCUGCCCCCCUCGCUCCGCCUCUGUAAAAUGGCCCUGCAUUUUGAAACGGAUACGCUACAGAUUCACUUAAGACAUUUUCAUUUCUCGGUGCAUUCAUCAAGAACCUCCCGAUGUUAUGUAGUGGGAUCAUUUGCUGAACCUGUCUGAUACAUUAAAAAAAAAAAAAGAAAGAUCUCUAGUGGAUUCGAAUGGUCAUGCAUGUUUAAAGCAAGCGAAACAUCUAUAAAUAAAACAUAUUGACUAUAACUUUUCUUGAUUCUGCAGGAACUAUUUGUGUAUUUCGAUGGCCCCCGUGGAGACCAACGGAUAACUCUAAGUGAAUUUGUUGCUGGCUUGGAAAGGGUUGAUACAUUGUAAGUGUGUUUAAUUUUGUAAUGUGUGUGUUGUUUUUUUUUUUAAUUUUGUAAUGUGUGUGUGUGUGUGUGUGUUCGAUUUUGUCAUGGGUGUGUGUUUGAUUUGAUGAUAAGUGUGUGUUUAAUUCUAUAAUGUGUGUGUGUGUUAAAUUUUGUAAUGUACCUGUGUUCAAUUUUGAAAUGUGUGUGUGUUGGAUUUUGUAACGUGAGUGUUCUAAUAUAAGUUAACCAAGUAUUUGAAAACGGUUACCCUCCUUGAGUCAAAGUACAAUAAAAAGACGAAUCAAGAAACGUUUCAAUUUUAAUUAUUUAUAUGUUUUGCCCCCCCCCCCCCCAAGAAAAAACAAAACAAAACAACAAAUAAAUAAAUUAAAAAAUUGGUUGUCUUAAAGAGUUUUUAUAUUCCCAUUAUCUCUCUGAAUAUGUGUUGACAAAUCUUAAUUUUUAGCUUAGUUAAAAUAAUUCCUUUGAUUGGAGCAAUACACGACAUUAGAACUAACAAGUCAAUGAAUCAUGAAUAUUUUUUUUUAAAAUGUAAAAAAUAAAUAAAAUUCUCUUUUCAAUUGAAACGGUAUCUUCUGGCGACAUUUUUUUAACGAAAAUUAUUGGCUUUUAAAGAAUUUCGCAAAUAAAUUUUGAUUUUCAUCAAAAGUUUUCCUGAUUUGUUCCUCACAUAGUUUGUUGAUUUUAAUUCAGCUAAUUGUUUGUUGUUGUUGUUUUUGUGUGUGUGUGUGUGUGUGUGUAAGUGAAAGUGGUCUACUAACGAUCGGCAGUUAUCAUAUAUCUUAUGUUGAUGGCGAUACCAUAAUUUAUACACCUCAUUUUUAAACAUUAAGAAUGUUUAUACUAAACGUUUCCUCUGAUUUUGCAGUGUCAAAUCAGUCGAGUCACUGUUCAACAAAUUUGACGCCGACAGAAGCGGUUACCUGGACAGAAGUGAAAUGAAGCGACUCCUGGAGUCGUCAGGCCACAGGUUCACGCAACCGGAAGUCAUUGAAAUCAUGAAACGGUCAGAUAAAAACGGAGACGGGAAAAUUUCUCUCCAAGAAUUAUUGGACGCAUUUACGUAAUUUGGCAUGUGACGAGAAGAGCUUUAAUAAAAGGGGGUUUUAAAAACAAUAAAUUGGCUUCAACACUUUUAUCUACUGUCAUCUUUUUUUCAAAUAAACUUUUCAUGUCCAAGUUUCAACACUCUAAAAAAGUAAGGUAGAGGAACAGUAUUUAACGAAACUUGAGCAAAUAAACUUUUCAUGUCAAAGUUUCAACACUCUAAAAAAGUAAGGUAGAGGAACAGUAUUUAACGAAACUUGAGCAAAUAAACUUGUCAUGUCAAAGUUUCGACACUCUAAAAAAGUAAGGUAGAGGAACAGUAUUUAACGAAACUUGAGCAAAUGAGAUCUUCAUUAGAGAUGUGGUGUUGUUUUUUAAAGUCUCUUUAAAUUGACGCUGUAAAUUUGUUAACUCUUUUUACAUUUACUUUUUACAGUUUUAAUUCUCUGUUAAUUAAGGCUGUACAUUUUUUGACUCUACAAAUUAAGGCUGUACAUUUUUUAACUCUACAAAUUAAGGCUGUACUUUUUUAAAAAACUCUUUAUACAUUAAGGCUGUAAAUUUUUUAACUCUCUAUAAAUUAAUGAUGUACAUUUUUUAACUUCUCCUUUUUUUAAAAGAGGAUUGGCAGGCAAAUUUCAGUUGAUAAAUUAAUUUGUUGUUAAAUUUUGGAUGUAGUGAAAUGAGUGUGUGUACAUCAAGACAUACGCUGUACUAGGCCAUACUAUAACACCUUCCCUCGCACACACAAAAAGAAGAGAAUUUACAUUUUUCAAAAUGGAAUUCUUUUCCAUUAAAAAACUGCCAUCAAAAUAAAAACUACAAUUUUUCAUACUAAAUAUUUUAAAAAAUUACUAAACAUCUUACAAGAUAAGCAGUAACCAAACAAAAAAAAAUAUCUGGACGAAGUUUCAGUAAACACAUUCUCUUUGCCAUUAAUAUGUUUUAUAUCCAAGUCAUAUUCUUGUAGAAAUAAAUUCCAUCUAGGUCGCCUUUGAUUUCUUUUUCUCGUUUCAAAUGUUGAGGGAUUGUGGUACAAAACAUGUACUGGAUGCAAUGAACAACUUACAUAAAAAUCAAAUUGUUGCAAAGCAAGAAUUAAACCUUGGCAUUCUUUUCUCAAAUGUGGACUAAUUCUUCUGCUGAUGAUUAAAUUUCUUAGAGAAAUAGCAGAUAGGGUGAUCUACCCUGUGAUCAUCUUCUUGAAACAAAAAACAAAAAAAACAAAAACAAAAAAACAAAAAAACCAAAAAAAAACCAAAAAACAAGAUCACCGGCAUCUACAGCUGAUUUAAACAGUUUAUUAAAUUUUGGUGCAACACGAUCAGGAGCAUUAGCUAGAACAGUUUUUAAUGCUAUACAUUUACAAGAUCAGGAGCAUUAGCUAGAACAGUUUUUAAUGCUAUACAUUUACAAGAUCAGGAGCAUUAG